AAUAAUUAAAUAAAAAUAAAUUAGGACAUUAUUUUAUGUUAUUUUUACUUCUCACGGUUACAUCCCGUAAUUUAUACAGAUUUUUUUUAUUUACUCUUGAAAAAGUAGAUUCCUUUUUCUCACGAAAGAUUCCAUGCCAUUUUAAUUCCAAGAAAACAAAAAAACAACCGCAAGAAAAUUUUAAUUUAUUGAAUUUUAUUUUAAAAAUAAAAAUAUAGAAAGAAGACAAUAAUGCAGACAGGCGUCAGCCUUGGAGAUUCUGCUCUACGAUAGUAGUUCCUCUCACCUCGGACCUUAUAUAUAUAUAUAUAUAUGAGCGACUCUUCUCCGUUAUUCUAACAUCAAACCCUUAACGACAAAAACUCUCUACUUUUCAUCAAUGGCGCUCCGGAAAAUGCUAGCAAAGCGUCUGUUAGACGGCCGCAGAGUCACGUCACAGUCACUCACUCCAGAAAUCUCUCUCUCGAUCAACACCAUCGUUCCCGUAAACGACGUCAGCAACGCCAAAUGCCACCGGGAAUACGUGACGUCGCCGGAUUCAGCAGAGAAAGGAUUUUUCCGGCGGUUCUUUCACAGGCGAGCCCCUGAUAAAUCAGCCACUCGGCUGCAUGAAUUUCUGUCCUUGCCCGUCGGCGAGAAACUACGGGAGAAGCUGAGAGGAACCAACAUUACCAGCGAUCGCAUCCGACUCGAUUGUCUGAGUCCUCCUGCGCCAGAACUCACCGCCGUCGAUUCUGUUUUCGGCUUAUCGGUAUCGGACGCUAAGAAGAUCUUACGGCUUGCACAUGUCGAGAAGCUGAAAUCAAAGCUCAGAGCGAUCCCGGAGAGCUCGAUUUCCUACUCUGAGUUCUUUCGAAUCUGCGUUGAAGGUUGUGAGAACGAAAAUCAAGGAGCGGAGUUCGCAAAGACGUUAGACGAAACUGGAAACGUCAUCGUUUUGGGAAACGUCGUUUUCCUUCGACCAGAACAGGUGGCGAAAUCUAUGGAGGCCAUAAUUUGUCAGAGUGUAGCCAAUCCAAACGAUCCAAGAAGAAAGGCACUGGAGGAAAUGGAGAAACAAAAAUCCAUGAUCGACCAGAAAGCAAGAGAAUUGGUCCAGGGUGAGCUCUAUAUUGGGCUGGGCUUGGUACUGGCCCAAACGCUGGCAGCCAUGAGACUAACCUUUUGGGAGCUGAGUUGGGACGUGAUGGAGCCCAUAUGCUUCUUUGUGACAUCGAUCCAUUUCGCCUUGGGCUACGGCUUCUUCCUCCGGACCUCGACGGAGCCCACUUUCCAGGGCUACUUCCACCGCCGCUUUCUCGCCAAGCAAAAACGCCUCAUGGAGAUUCAUAGCUUUGAUAUGCAAAAGUACAACCAGCUUUGCAAAGCGUUUUACCCAACGACGGCGUCGUUUCACGGCCUUGAAUAGGCCUUUCUCGGUUCUAUUACUUGUAAAGUAAUCAUCGUUGAAAGAAGAGUAGGGUACAUAGUUGAAGAACGUACGAACAUGUAGAGUAGAGUAUGGUAAAAUUUUGGGUAAAUUGGAGUUGUAGGGUAAAAAAGGUUUAUGUAUAUAUAACUGUAAAAUUUGUAUAGUUUGGUCAGUAGAGUAAUGGACUGGUUAAGUUCAGUUUGGGCCACAGUUUAGUUUUAAUAGAGUGAUCUGACCUGGAAGACCUGGCCGUUGGCUGGAGUCUGGUGUUUAGACCAUUUCCUUUAAAAAAAAAUUAAAUAAAUGACAGUUUUGUUCAAA